AUGGCCUCCAGCUCGAACAUUGGACCUGUGUCGCAGCAGUACGCCGCGGCGGCUACUGUCCCGCUCAUCAAGUCUCCGUCAUUAUGGCUGCCCAAGCCAAUCGAGUUACCGAACGACAUCCAUCCCUUACCUGAGGAUAUCACCGCCUAUUUCGUCUACCCCUUCGCUCUCGAAUCGCACGUCCUAUCCCUCCAACCUACCCCGCAUGACGCGAUAGCCGAAAGGAGGGCCAGGAACGCUGCGAUCCUUCUGCAGCGGGAACAAGAGGAGGAGCAGAGAGAACGCGCCGCCCUGCACCGCAUGGCCCCAGGCUAUCACCCCUCGGGUCUGCUCGUACCCCUCUCAGCCUCUCCUGCAGCAGCACCCGCUCCUCCCCCCUCCUCCAUCUCAGCUCAAGCCGCCACGCCGGCAGCUCAGCCGGUGAAGGUCUCUUCGCUCAUGGACGACCUGGAGAGUCUGUCUUUUGCGGAGCCGGAGCCGGAGCCAGCGGCAGGGAACGACGCGACCCGGACCGCUAUCCUCUUCAUCACGAUGCUCUGCGUCACCUCCCUCAAGGCGCAUACGGAGAUCGCCGCCCCGGUGAAAAGGCCCUACCAGGCGGCGUGCAGGGGAAAAGGGCGGAGAUUGAGGUUAGCAGGAGGUGAAGCCUGA